ACUGCGGCAGCGUUGCAGAGGAACACUCGCCCCAGUACUCACGAUUCACCGCUCCCUGUUUACGGUCAAGAAACCGUAAGACUAAUUCCAUUGUCUCACUAUCGUGCUGGUAAGGUUUCCUUUUCCUUUUGUCCACUCCUGUCCAAACUACAACAAAAUUCUACAAUUGAAUAAACGCCCUGAAAGAUUCAGGCACUAAUAUGACUUCCGGCGCUUGAAGUUCGUAUUUUCCCUGUCGAAAAAUAGGCAAAUCCCAGUUCCCUUUUUUUGCCUUCCAAGGCUUUCUUACUGCUAAAUGUUUGCGUUUUUAUUGACCCAGACGAGAGAGGAAGGGUUAUUUCAUGGUCAAAAGAGUUUUGUUUUUCAAGCGGGACAACCGCGGGAAAUCACGAGCUAGUCAGGAUAGGAUUCGGUUUAUUUUGCCUGCUCGCGAAUUCAGUCGUAUUAAAGAAAGCCUUAUAAAAUAAAAAAGGGCAAAAAGGCACCUUUUUUCUCGUCUGUAAUCAUUACUUUUCCAACUGUUUAUUUCCUCGUGUUUUGUUUCGGCAAAGUAUGUAAUAUUACAUCGUGAAAAGAGGGUUUGUAACAUUGGAAAAGGACGAAAUUUACUGUAGUUUAUGACUUCGUCGCUUUCGCUGUAUCAUCAUGUUACUUGUGGAAUUCUAAUUCCUUCUGUUGUCCCCUUUAGCGGAAGUUCCUAUUUCUGUGGCGCAUGGAUUCAGUGAAGACACAUCACUGUUCAGCACCCACCGUCACAGCGCCCCAUCCACCAUCUUUACCCCUGGAAGGUCCUUGGGUAGCGAACCAUAUCCUGGUGGUUCUGGUAUGUCUACCUACACACAUCCGCCUGAAAUGCAGGAAUUUUGUUCCCCUUAUGGAACGCUGAGAAGACCACUGCAUGGAUUACAACCACAAACUACAAUUCCAUCGGCGUUUAAUCUUAGUGGUUUGGGUGUGUCUACAAUCACUCACCCGCUAAGAAUCCAAGAAGCGCCAAGACCGUCACUCCAUGGAUUGCAACACCAAAGUACGAUUCCAGACGUUCCGAAUCUUGGUGGUUAUGGUUUAUCAACUGACACCCUCCAACCACAAAUCCCAGAAUUGCGUGCUUCGUAUGGAACGCCUAGUCCGUCACUACAUGAAUUGCAACCGCACCAUACAUUUGCAGACGCUUCUUAUCUUAGUGGUUGUGGCCUGUCAACAAUCACCCACCUACCAGGUAUCUCCGGGCGUUCUUCAUCGUUUGGAACAAAAAGACCGCCACAGUAUGAACUGCAACCACAAAGUGUAAUUCCAGGCGAUCCUCAUCUUAGUGAUCCUGCUACGUCUUCAGUCACACACCCGUCAGUAAUCCGUUUUCCCUCAUAUGGAACCCUAAGACCCCAACUGUAUGGACCGCAGCUGCCAAGUGUAAUUCCAGGCUAUCCGCAUCUUGGUGAUCCUGCUGCGUCUUCAGUCACACAGCCGUCAGUAAUCCCAUUUCCCUCGUAUGGAACCCUAAGACCCCAACUGUAUGGACCCCAGCUGCCAAGUGUAAUUCCAGGCGAUCCGCAUCGUAGCGUUCCCUUUGCGUCUUCCGUCACACACCGGCCAGUAAUUCCCGGACGUUUUCCUCUGUAUGGAGCGCUGAGAUUACAUCCGCCUAGUUCCCAAAGUACAAUUUCAUUUAUGAGCGGGCAGGAGCAAAAUGCGGACGAUGAAACUGAUAGGUCUUAA